AUGGUUUAUUUUGGGGUCAAACCAACGAACUAUACGUAUCCAUUCGUGCUAAAAGCUUGUGCCACAUUGAGAGAUAUUGAAACUGGGGUGAAGAUUCAUGGUGAUCUAGAAAGACUCGGACUUGGCGCGGGUAGGGAUAUUGUGGCUUGGAAUGCAACUAUUGCUGGGUCUGCAGCUCACGGGUUGUUUGGAGAUGUAAUUGGAUUAGUUUUGGAAAUGCAAGAGGAGAGAGAGAGUCCGAAUUCCUCUAAUCUGGUGACCAUUUUGCCAGUUAUAGGAGAGACUAAUAAGGUGACUCUGGGAAAAGCUGUUCAUGGUCUUUGUCUAAGGAAAGGAGUUUAUGGUGAUGUAGUUGUUGGGACCGCACUUUUGGACAUGUAUGGACGAUGUGGGUGGUUAGCUGAUGCAACAAGGAUAUUUGAUGGGAUGAGUUUAAAAAAUGUGGUGACAUGGAGUGCCAUGGUUGGAGCUUGUAUAACAUGCGACUCCAUGGAAUCUGGGCUGGAGUUGUUUAGGCAAAUGAGGGCAGAGAAUAGUGGUGAGAGUCCAUCACCUGUAGCACUUGCAGCCAUUAUCCGAGGUUCUGCUAAGUUAAUCGAUGUGGAAGCUGGAAAAUAG